AUGCACAGCGACGAGCCCGUGUUGGACGACGAGGAGGUGACCGAAUUCUACGACCCCGAAGUUGGCGAGGAUGACGAUAACGAGCACGCAAACGACCAAGACCACAUUGUCAUCUCUGGAGACCCAUCUGCGGCUGCGAACGCUUCCAAGGACAAGUCAGUCAAAGACAAGAAGAUUCCCGACGACCAGCGCACGACAACGCCGUACAUGACGAAAUACGAGAGGGCCCGUAUUCUGGGCACGCGCGCCUUGCAGAUCAGCAUGAAUGCGCCUGUGCUGGUAGAUCUCGAGGGUGAGACGGAUCCGUUACAAAUUGCGAUCAAGGAAUUGCGCGAGAAGAAGAUUCCUUUGAUUGUACGGAGAUAUAUGCCCGAUGGAUAG